GCUCCGUAGCCAGCGGUCCGGGCCGGUGCUCCUGCCGCCAUUAACCCCUCGGUGCCCGGCGGCAGCGGUGGCGGCGCGGGGCGAGCGGCCCGCAGUGCUCAUGCUCGGGCGCUGCAGCCGUUCCCCGGCCGUUGCCUUGCCGUGAGGAUGAGUUCGGUCGCCGGCCCCGCCGCCUUACCCCCGGGCUCCGCCACCCGGGCCUUGCAUGUGGAGCUGCCCUCGCAGCAGCGCCGGCUUCGUCAUCUCCGGAACAUCGCAGCACGGAACAUUAUCAAUAGGAAUGGUUAUCGCCUCUUGGACACCUACUUCACUCUUCACUUGUGUGAUAACACUAAGAUCUACAAAGAAUUUUAUAAGAGUGAGGUCAUCAAGAAUUCUCUGAAUCCAACAUGGAGGAGUCUGGACUUUGGACUGAUGCCUGAUCGUCUUGAUACCUCUGUCUCCUGUUUUGUUGUGAGGAUCUGGGGUGGCAAGAAGGAGCACUUUCAGCUUCUGAUUGAAUGGAAGGUCAAUCUAGAUGGGUUGAAGUACUUGGGCCAGCAGAUACAUGCAAGAAAUCCAAAUGAGAUUAUUUUUGGUCUGAAUGAUGGUUAUUAUGGAGCUUCAUUUGAACAGAAGGAUCACUCAGGUACCCUGAAGAAUAGUCUUCUCCAGGUGGAUCAGAACUGCGUCCGUAACUCGUACGAUGUCUUCUCUUUGCUUAGGCUUCACAGAGCCCAGUGUGCAAUUAAACAGACUCAGGUAACUGUUCAGAAAAUAGGAAGGGAGAUUGAAGAAAAGCUGAGGUGUACAUCUACGAGCAACGAGCUGAAGAAGGAGAGUGAAUGUUUACAGCUGAAGAUCCUGGUGCUACGUAACGAACUGGAGAGGCAGAAGAAAGCCCUUGGUCAAGAGGUGGCCUUGUUGCACAAGGAAAAAAUUACUUUGCAGGAGAGAGAAAAUGCAUUUGGGACUGAACACCAGAAACUUGAAGAGCAUAAUGAAUCCCUUCAUGAGCUGAGAAAGGAAUGCACUGCUAAGAGAGAACUGUUUUUGAAGACGAAUGCCCAGCAGACUAUUCGCUGCAAGCAGCUGCUGUCAGAGCUAUCCUACAUCUACCCUAUUGACCUGAAUGAACAAAAGGAUUACUUUGUUUGUGGAGUCAAGCUUCCUAAUUCUGAAGACUUUCAAGCAAAAGAUGAUGGAAGCAUUGCUGUUGCCCUGGGCUACACUGCUCACCUGGUUUCAAUGAUCUCCUUCUUCCUGCAAGUGCCACUCAGGUAUCCCAUCAUCCACAAGGGCUCCCGCUCCACCAUCAAGGAUAACAUCAACGACAAGCUGACUGAGAAGGAGCGAGAAUUUCCUUUAUAUCCAAAAGGAGGGGAGAAGCUUCAGUUUGAAUAUGGAGUCUAUCUUCUCAACAAAAAUAUAGCACAGCUUAGGUAUCAACAUGGGCUGAGUACUCCAGAUCUAAGGCAGACUCUUCCUAACCUGAAAAACUUCCUGGAGCUUGGGCUAAUGGUUAGAUGUGAUCGACACCACACAUCCAACGCGAUCCCCGUUCCAAAGAGACAGAGCUCCAGCUUUGGCAGAUCGGAUCUUGGCUUUUCCAGUGGGCUUCCUUCUCCAGAUAAAGGACUCCGGAAACGAGCCAGCACAGGAAAUGAAAGACUGCAGCACAAAACUCCUCCUCCCAGCUACAACUCUGCUUUCACACAGCCCCUCGCCAUCACCGCCCGGGUAGGAGAGCUCCAGAAAAAACCUGCCUCCAUAUCUUCCUCCUUGGAUACCUCCAUGGACUCCUCAAAAGGAAAUACCAAGAAAGGUGAGAACUUGUCCAGCAGUUUAAAUGGAGAAAACAGGAGCCUGAACAAUACCCAAGACCAGCAGGAGCCUUUCCUCGGACACAGCAGUGCAAUAAAUGGUGAGUGCUCUGGCACCGCCAGUGCCGAGCAGCCCUGUGAGUUUCGUCCCUCCCCGGCUCCCGUCCUCUGCUGCACCGUGGAGCAAGCGGAGGAGAUCAUGGGGAUGGAAGCCACGGGGUUCAGCACAGGAGAUCAGCUGGAAGACUUUAACUCCAUCCCAGUGGAGCACGCUGUGGCGGUGGAGUGUGAUGAACAAGUCCUAGGGGAGUUUGAGGAGUUCUCUCGGAGGAUCUAUGCACUGAAUGAGAACAUGUCCAGCUUCCGCAGGGCGCGCAAGAGCUCGGACAAGUGAGCUGGCAACAGGGAUUUGGUAGCAGCCAUUGAGGUGAAAUCAGUGGUCUGGGAUAGAGAGAGAGAGAAAAUUGCACUUAUUCUUUAUAUUAAUUAUAAAACAGAAUAAAUAAAGAAAGAAAAGCUAAAGCUUAUUCCCUACGGUCUUAGACGAACGGACUCGAGCACGAUCACGCAGUCACAGCCCAGGUAAAUCUGGAUGCUGCUUCCAGCUCCUCUCAAGUCUGGGAUUUGUAACCUGGUGGAAAUGUUUUCAUUUUAGGCGUUGGAAUCCAUUUCUAAAGGCUUUCCUGGCAACAGCUUUGAGUGCUGAUCAGGCCCUUCUCUGAAUAGUUGUUCGUUUCUUAAUUCUUAUUUCGAGUGAAAUUGAUUUUUAAUUCUUGUCAGAAGGGAGACAUUGAAAAGUUAAUUGAAAAGUAGCAUAAAUGGCCGUUUGUGGCAAGAGCUCUUUGCCUUCUCCCAUGUGUUUCCUUGAGCAGUGGAAUCAGUGUUACAGAAAUGCCAGGAUUCAGUCAUCGUUUGACAGCUUUCUCUUGCCUGUGCUCCGUAACCUUCAAAGUUCUGGUGGCACUGCUGGGUGUAAACUUGCCAGAGAAUGAGCACCUGUGAGAUAUCUGCACUUUCCUUGCACCAGAUUAAUCAGAAAUGCCAUGGUUUUUCUUCCCCUCCUUUCUUCCACACUCACUGCUUCCACCAUAGAAGCCUUGAGGGCUAAAUCCUCCCUAAGGUUUCAUCUCAAAAUCUCAGCCCAGCCAGUCCCCACCUCAGUUAGGUGCAGACCUCAGCAGCAGAGACCUAACAAAUGCUCUGAGGUGCAG